GGGGGCCGGGCGGCAUGCUGCGCGCGGUGCGAGGGGGGCGCGCGGUGUGGGCGCCCCGGGGGGGCUCCGGGAGUGGGAGCGGGGGGGCGAAGCUGGGCCGCCCCCUCCGCACCGCGGCCCCGCAGCGCUCCGACAUCUUCCGCGAGCUGGGGCCGAGGCUGUCCCGCCUGGGGCAGGCACUGCGGGGUCAGCUGCCAGAGUCAGAGGGGGCCUGGAACUCACUGCGCCCCCACCAGAACAGCCCCCCGCCCCCAGAGCGAGCGGAUGUGGUGGUGGUGGGGGGGGGCGUGCUGGGCUGGUCCGUCGCCUACUGGCUGAAGACGCUGGAGAACAGGCGGCAUGGCAUGCGGGUGGUGGUGGUGGAGCGGGACCCCACGUAUUCCCAGGCUUCCACUGUGCUGUCUGUGGGGGGCAUCCGGCAGCAGUUCUCCCUGCCUGAAAACAUCCGCCUGUCUCUGCAAUCUGCCACCUUCCUCCGUACUAUCAAUGAGCACCUGUGGGUGCCCAACGAGCCCCCCAUCGACAUUCAGUUCCAGCCCUCGGGAUACCUCUUCUUGGCGUCCGAGCAUGGUGCUGCCACCCUGGAGGCUGGCGUCAAGGUGCAGAGGGAAGAGGGCGCCAAGGUGGCCCUGCUGUCCCCCAGUCAGCUGAAGGCCAAGUUCCCAUGGAUAAACACAGAGAACGUGGCCGUGGCGUCCUACGGGCUGGAGAACGAGGGCUGGUUUGACCCUUGGUCCCUCCUCAACGCCUUCCGAAGGAAAGCCAUGUCCCUGGGCGUCUACAGCUGCGUCGGGGAGGUGACGUCUUUUGUGGCGGACACCGCAGACAACACACCAGGCAUGCCGCGGGGCGUCGGCCGCGUGAAAUACGUCAAUGUGCGCCUUCCUGACAGCCCGGAGCAGCAGCCCGUCUCCUGUGCCAUCGUGGUGGCCGCCGCCGGCGCCUGGACUGGGAAGCUGCUGGACUCGGCCACGGCCGGGCUGCAGGGCAGCCUCACGUUGAGGCGCCUCCCCAUAGAGCCCCGCAAGAGGUACGUCUAUGUGUGGCACUGCCCCGGCGGGCCGGGCCUGGAGACACCGUUCCUCAUCGACACCUCGGGAGCCUAUUUCCGGCGCGAGGGCAUCGCUGGCAACUACCUGGGGAGCAUGAGCCCACCUGAGGGCCGUGAGCCGGACGCGGGGAACCUGGAGGUGGAUCACGACUUCUUCCAGGAGGAGGUUUGGCCGCGGCUGGCGCACCGCGUGCCCGCCUUCCGCUCACUGAAGCAGGUGAAGAGCGCGUGGGCCGGCUACUACGACUACAACGCCUUCGACCAGAACGGAGUGCUGGGCCCGCACCCGCAGCUGCCGAACGUCUUCGUGCUGGGCGGGUUCAGCGGGCACGGCCUGCAGCAGUCCCCCGCCGCCGGGAGGGUGGCUGCCGAGCUGCUGCUGCACGGCUCCUGCGCGGCUGUGGACGUGGGCCGGCUGGCGCCCGGGCGGCUGUGGGGCAGUGAGCCGCUGCUGGAGGCGGCCAUCGUCUGAGCGGGGUGCGGUGCUGGGCGGGGGGCGGCGCUGCCGCGGGAAUAAACGGAUGGACUACGGCA